UUUUUUUCAUUUUUUAGUACUUAGUUCAUAAAUAAUCGAAUGUACACACUUAUUCGAGUGGCAAAUCGAUACAGGUACUAUUGGAGAGUAAAAUUCGUUCUUUCUUUCAGGUUUUAAUAUAUUUUUAAAAGGAAGUACAAAAAAUAAAUACAAUUUUAUUGUUAAUCUUACUGUAAUCGAAGGACCAGCAAACAAUAUUGGUGUCAUUUAGCAUGACCAAACCAAACUACACUUUAUGAAACGCUUUAAAAGUCGUUGUUGAAUAUGUUUCUCUUUUAUAAAUAUAUUAUAGCAUCCCUUUCAAUUCUUCAGUAAAGGCCAUUUUACCGGGACCUUUUAAGAGAACUGAAACGGUACAAGUGUUAAAAUAAACAACGAAAGAUUGAUUUAAUCGCAAAUUUCUUUAAAAUUUAAUCUUUCUUUUCCUUCUUUUGAUUAAAAUGAUUGCCAAAGAUUUAUAAUUUUAAAAGCCUUCAUAGUCAGAAGACACACCAUUUUUUCAAGUACAAAUAUGUCAAGUCACAUGAACUGCUUCUUCAACUAAAAAAAAAAAGCUUUUAAAGAUACCUUAUAAAUUUCUAAUUCUUACUAAUAUAGUCUAACUAUUUGAAACCAAAGAAAUUAUAAUGGAUGAGUUGUUUCAUGUCGCGUCACACGCAGCUACGUUUGCAACUAGCUUUGCCAUAAAGCACAGUAUAUCUUUUGCUGGGAAAUUUGCCGUUCAGCAAGUAAGCAGUUACAUAAAAUGCGUACCUGAUGCUGAUCGAGAUGAAUUGGAGACCAUGAAAGCAAAGUUGCUUGAGAUGAUUCGUGUGGUCACACCGGCCAUAGAGUUGAUUGAUAUUAUGUCUUCCAAUGGAAACCAAAGUUUACAAAGCACACGCCAACUUGUUGAUGCAUUACGCUCUGAUAUCGAAAAGUUUAGCGUGCAUAUUGUGGGUGUCGCAAACGCUGACACAGAAAAAGAGAUAUCAAAUCCAAAGCGUGCUGAAGAAACGAAGGGAAAGGUUUUAGAAGAAAUGAGGAAUUUGCUUUUAAGGAUUCAGGAUGCGAUUCCUCUGCUCAAUUUGUCUAUCACCACUUCAGGGCUUUCAAUCUCAUCUAGCUUACCCAAGUCUACCAAUUUCUCGCAACUUUUUAAAGCAAAUUCUCACAUUUUACAUGCAAAUCUUUCUUUUUCAGGCGAUAAGCCCUUACAAGUUGGUCCCGCAUUUCGACUUCGCACUUACAAAAUAUUCGAAAGUCAUGCUCAAUCCAAGUUUUUAAAUCACGAUUCGAUCAUUUGGCAAGAGGAUUGCUCUGUAUGUAUUGGUAAAGUUUUUCGAAUCCCACCUCAACAAUCUCACAACAAAGAUUCUCUUCUCUCGUAUAAACUUACCCUAGUGCAGUCAUUUGACGAUGAUCGUUAUCACGAAGAAAAUGAAGUUCCAUUAUCAAAAGAUAUAUUUCUAAAUAAUGUUCAAACCCUAUUUUUCAGCGUUUCGGGUAAACUUCUUCGACUUGACGAUGUUAUGACACCUGUUAUUCUUCUCAAAUACAAGGAUAGUCCUUUCGAGUCGUCAGAAGCACAGGAAAAGUAUGAAUGGAUAGCCUUGGAGUUGUUAACAGAAGACGGGGAUGAAAGCGAAAGUGAAGAAGAUGAGGAAUCUGACAAUUCGACUGUCGAAUUUAGCGAUGAACAAAUGGUAGAAAUGCAAUUAUUAGGACUUACCAAAAAAGAGCUAAUAAAGAGAACAAAGAAAAUGAAAGCUUAUCAAAAGGAAGAUACGAGUCUUGUUUUACUUGAGUAUCUUCUUCGUCUUUGUGCUUUGGAAGCGAACGCUCAAGAGUCUGUACUUCAACUACCCGACGAACAAAUUUCUUUGUAUUUGCGAGAUGAGCAAGGACGUGAGCGACCUCGUGAUCCAGGGUCGUAUCAUGCUUUAGAAAACAACGUUGAUACUCCUGUUUCACCAACUUCUGCAACAUCGUCAAGGCGUUCUGGUGUACGUGCUAGUUCGACGUUUCUUUCCCCUUGGGUAAAAGCGGACGGUUCUUCUCCUUUGAAAAACGUUCCAAGAAAUAAAUUAACAGACGAACGAGAAGCAACCUCUGGCUACGCUAGUCCGUUGAUGAAUCGAAGAACCAAGGAUUCUUCGAAGAGGGACAGCAUGAUAGGUACAUAUUCCCCGAUGUUUAUACGGUCUAGAAAAGACCUAUUUCAAGAAAAAGAUCAGAUGUUAUCUACCAGGAAAGAAUUGUUUGUUUCCGAAAAAAAACUACAAGAUACUGCAACCGAUACGAAUAACAGUUCAGGCGUUCAAAAUGAAGUACUAGCUGAUGCUAAAAAAAGUCAACAAUCUAAACCUUAAAAUAAUGAUAAAUUCAUAAUUUAUGGUCUGUUAUAAGCUGUUUAGAAAGGAUUCUGUUCUGAUAUAGAGUGAAACCUUUCGUCUGUCGAAUCUAAUUUACAAGUCAAUCCUAUUUGCAGUGAAAUAAUUCUUGUUCACGGGAUUUCAAACUCUUUUCGAGUAACGGUUUGAUGGUUUUCUAUUUCCAAUGUCGAUGCUCAUGAAAUAAAUUAUAUUUUUUUCCUUUUCAAAUCAGUUCACUAGUUUUUAACCCCAUAAAAGAUAAAAUAUGUGGAAAUUUACAUUUAUGAAUGACGAUAUAAUGCAUAUUCUGAAUUAAUGAGUGGUGUUUCGACACUAAAGUCAUGAGCGAUUUUAUAUAAUGAAUGAUAGUAGUCAAAACAGCUCGAAUUCAAUACCUUCCUAACGAGUUGGAUAACUAGAAAAAGGAAAUGGAGGAAAACUUUAGUCUACUACUUAUUUCUUUUGCUAAGCUCUCAAUAAAUCUGAAUUGUAACUUGGCGGGCAACAAUAUCAUAAUUAAAAACAUACUACGAAUUUCGUUUUAGAUAUUUUCUUUUCAUAGAAUCUGUUUAAAUUUAAUAUAACAUAUGAC